AUGCCCAUCACACCUGGACCAGGACCUUCCACUCUCUCAAAGCUCUGUAUCCAGCUCGAGACUCUCGAGGAGAUUGAAAAGGUCGUGAACCUCGCCCGCAGACACCGCCGCCGCCUCGUCACUGUCGGUUGCGGCCACUCGCCCUCCCACAUCACCUGCACCUCGAGCUGGCAGCUCAACCUCGACAAGUACAACCGCGUGCUCUCGGUCGACACAUCGACGGGCCUGGCUGUCAUCCAGAGCAGCAUCCGCCUCUACGCUCUCUGCGACGAGCUGGAGCGCCGCGGCCUGGCGAUGCCGAACCUGGGCAGCAUCAGCCAGCAGAACCCCCAAAGAGGAACUACGACGGCGCCCUGA